UUUUCCGUGAAAUGUAUGCCUGGAAAAUGCGAGUGCUUCUUGUCCAAGAUGCCAGAAGAUCUGCCUGAUCCAGAAAGCGACAUCGAUAUCCUCAGCAUUUCUGUCCGAAACCUAUUAUUCAACAUGGGGGACAUUCUGCAUGACAAUGUGAGUGGUAAUGAGACGGGUGUUCAUUCCCACCACAAUCCCGUUAUGGACGGCUUCUUCGCCUUGGUCUUUGGGAUCUUGGCCCUCCUGGGUCCCUUUGGUUUGGCACUGGUCCAAUCAGGGUUGGCUCAACGACGCAACGUGGUGUCGAUCUUGCUGAAACCUUUGAUUCAAUUCUGCUGCGGGGUAUUGUCGUUUUGGGCCGUGGGUAGCGGGUUUUCCAUUGGGAGUGGCAACUUUUUCAUCGGGCUGGAACAUUUCUUCUUCAAUGAGUUGGACUCGCACCAUUUCCCUCAAUGGUUCUUCCAAUGUUGCACAGCCGUGUAUUGCGUUUCCAUAGCGGCCAGUGGAGGGUUUGAACGAAAUCGGAUGAGAACCGAUUUUAUGAUCGCCAUCCUGGUCCCAAGCGUCCUCUUUCCUAUCCCCGCCCAUUGGUGUUGGCAUUUUGAAGGCUGGUUAGUGCAAGCUGGGUAUGUGGAUUAUGCCGGGGGUGGAGUUAUCCACGUGAUUGCCGGUGGAUGUGGCCUUGUCUUAGUUCUGCUGGGACAAAGACGCCAUCAUCAUCCCGAACAUGGAAUAGAAUACCGAGACGCCCUCUUGAGAUCCGGGCACAAUAUCUCAUUGGCCAUUUUGGGGGGUUUGUUCAACAUUAUUGGUUGUCUGGCUAUUCAAUUGGGUGCCGGAGGCGACCAUUUCCCUCAGCAGUACCACACGAAUACCCUUGCCAAAGUGAUCCUUAACUCCAGUUUGGCUUUGGCGACUGGAGGUAUGAUGGCCUUUAUUCUUGGACGCUUGUCUGUGAAACAAUGGAGCGUGUAUCGAAUUUUCGGUGGCAUGAUUGCAGGUUUGGUAUGCGCUUGUCCCGGUACUGAUGUGUUGAACCCCUGGGCCAGUGUGGUCAUUGGAGCUGUGGGAGGAUUGGUGUACAUUCCCCUACGUUCAUUUGUGAAGACAUUGCGUCUCGACGAUCCAUUGGAAGUGAUCUCGGUUCACCUUGUUCCCGGUUUACUGGGAUUGAUUCUCUUGCCGUUCUUUCACCCUGGGAAAGGCAUCUUUUGGAGGUGGGACUCGGCAUCUGGUUGGUAUUUGGCCAUGAACAUUGCUGGAGCCUUCACUCUUCUUUUGUGGGCAUCAAUCGUGAGUCUGGCUAUAUUUGGUUGCUUGGCACUUUGCGGCAUGCUUAAAUACGACAUGGAGACUCAAGUGGCAGGGAUUGAUGAACGGACCAUGAGAGAGAUUGCCUUGUCUGCCAUGACCUCAGCUGAUACAUUCGCCAUGAGCAACAUCAACAAUAACGAUGCCAUCCACCAUCACGUCAAAUUUAUGGACCCCGCUCAGUCUUCGCUAAUGAACGGAGCCACUUUCAACCAAAGCACCACGCUCAACUACCCGCACGAACCGCUCAUGGCUAGCACACAAAAAGAGCUCAAGCUCCCAAGAUUGGUCCUGGAGGAACCACAAGAGUCUCACGCUAUACCCGAAACCCCAUCCCGAGCAGUUCCACCCAUGAGUUCAAACCAUCGAAGGCCAAGCUACGAAAGGACUCCCAUCAUUUCCAGAACCGAUGAUGUCUUUGAUCCGGAAAGCCCGAGAAUCGAGAUCCUCAGCUCAUUAACGAGAGAAAACAUCCGACAGGGGCUCAAAGACUUGAAACCCACGGAGAUUAAACACAAGAGGCCAAGUUUGGCAUUGCGACGGCCUUUGACUCCAUCGUCGAGGAGCGAGAUCCCUCAAGAUAUGGAAAUUUAGUACUGCCACCCCUUAUUUGAAUAUGGAACUAUUGACAAUCAUUUUAGAAAUACAAAGCUAAUCGCACUUA